UGAUUAUUAUAAUUAUGGAUGAAUAAAAAUUCGUUCGAAUGAUGGCGCCAGUUGUUGAAUUCUUACAUGGCUGAUGAUGUUGUCAUGGUGUGUUUGUUUAUUUGAAAAAAAUAUAUCUGGACGUUCUGAAAGGACUGAAAGUACCUGAAGGACAUCAACAUAAUCAUCAUCAUCAAUGGAAGAUACUGAUGAUAAUCCUGGAUUUAUAAAUUUUGAUAAAUUAAUUAAGCUAGUUGCUGAGCAAUCUCCUCAAGGUGAAGCUGGACGAAUUUUUAGUCAAGAUGAUAUCAAACUUGAAGAAGUUCAAGAAUUGAGAAUUGAAUUAUCAAAUAUUUUAAGCCUUGAACUUUUAUGGCCCUUGAAAAAUAUUAGAAAAUUAAUACUCAAUCAUAAUUUGAUUGAAAAAAUUGAAAAGAUUGAUCAACUUGUUCAUUUAAAUGAACUGGAUUUGUCAUUUAAUAAAAUUUCAAUUAUGGAAAAUAUGGAUAAACUUGUUAAUUUAGAAAUUAUUAUUUUAACGGGUAAUAAAAUUUCAAAUAUUCAAGGAAUUGAUGAAUCGAAAAAAUUAAAAAUUUUUAGCAUUGCGGAUAAUCAGAUUGACACUUGGGAUCAUUGUAUUUGAGAAAAUUUAAAAAUUUAAAAAGUCUAAAUAUGGAUGGUAAUCCAUGCUCAUUAAUUGAAGGAUAUAAAAAUUAUUUAAUGGCAUUUAUUCCACAAUUAAAAUAUUUGUCAUAUAAAUUAAUAAGUGAUGAUGAAAAAAAAACAUCAAGAGAUAUACAUAGAUUGGCAAUAUUAAAAAUUGAAGAAGAGGAAGAAAAAUUACAUGAAUUGUUGAUUAAAAAAAAUAUAUCAGAUGAAAAAUAUAAAUAUGAGAAGGAAGCAUUUGUUGAUAAUUUAGAUGACGAUUUGUUAUUUAUAAAAAUAUU